AUGAGCGAUAGCGAUUCUGACUCUCGCCCUCAACGGCUCAAUGCCCGUGAGCGCGCACAAUGGAUGACCAAGGGAGCUCUGGUCCGAGACGACUCUGACGAUGAGUUAGGCGUGGAGGACCUUCCAUGGAACUGGAUCUACGACACCAAUGAAGAGGACAAUCCGCAAACUGAGGGCAAUGACGGCAGCCCCGUGAAGCGUGGUCGAAGACGCUCUUCCCGACCGGCCCAUCAGAAACGCAAGAUUAUUGGUGCGCAAAUGGGACAGUUCCAAUGCAGACUUGGCGAAGUCGUUUUAUUGAAAUCACCCGAGCCUGGAAAAGACUGGGUUGGCAUCAUUACAGAAUUUUCGGAAGAGGAGGAUGAAGAUGAAGAAGACGAGAUGGUCAAGCUGGCCAACAUUAUGUGGUUCGCUUCACCGGACGAAUUCAUGGGUACGAGGAACAAGCGCCGGACCGAUGCUUUGCCCAACGAGCAGUACAUCACACUCGAUUUCAACAACAACCCCUUGACAUCGAUCAGUGGCAAAGGCAGGGUCAUGUCUCAGAGUACGUUCAUUGCUAGAUAUCCGAAUGGCCCUCCGAAGAACAGGAACGAAUUGGCGGAAUACAACAAGUGCAUUGUUUGUCGACGCGGCGUGAACCAGGUUCAAGGAAGAUAUACCGAAGAGUUUACCUGGGAGGAGUUGUACAAUCAAGAUGACAUUCACCAAUUGAUCAACUGGGUCAAGGAGGGCUUGAAGGCUUCCAGGAAACGCAGGGCUGCGGACGAUGAAUAUGUCGAAACCAAAGAGAACGUGGCACCUUCGACUCCGAGAAAGAGGCAGCGACUGGCGGCGACGAAUGCCACACCGCAAUCACAGCGCAAAAAGGCGCUCAUGACUCCCACUCAUAAACGGAUCGUUGUGAAGAAGCCUCUCGAAUUCACUCCGCUCGGGACUCGGGUCCUCUCGCCUUCGCAUUUUGACUCACCCUACCGUCAAGCUCGUAAUCUACUACACGUCUCGUCUGUUCCAGAUUCCUUGCCCUGUCGAAAGACGGAAUUCAACACGGUGUACAACCACCUUAGUGCCGCGAUCAUGGAGGGCACAGGUGCUUGCAUCUACAUUUCUGGUACCCCUGGCACCGGCAAGACUGCCACCGUGCGCGAGGUUGUUGCACAGCUGAAUGGAGCCGUGCUUGAAGAAGAGAUGGACGAUUUCAUAUUUGUCGAGAUCAACGGCAUGAAGGUUACCGAUCCACAUCAAUCAUACUCUUUACUGUGGGAGGCGUUAAAGGGCGACCGAGUAUCACCCUCCCACGCACUCGAUCUUCUCGAAAGAGAAUUCUCAAAUCCGUCCCCACGUCGAGUUUCCUGUGUUGUACUCAUGGAUGAAUUGGAUCAGCUUGUGACAAAGAACCAAUCUGUCAUGUACAAUUUCUUCAACUGGCCCGCUCUCCGCCACUCACGCCUUAUUGUCCUGGCUGUCGCGAAUACCAUGGAUCUGCCCGAAAGAACGCUGAGCAACAAGAUCUCCAGUCGUCUCGGCUUGACGCGUAUCACAUUCCCGGGAUACCGCCACACAGAUCUGAUGGAGAUCAUCAGUACCCGCCUGGCGAACGUCCCAGGCAACAUCGUUGAUCCAGAUGCCAUCCAAUUCGCAAGUCGUAAAGUUGCCGCCGUCAGCGGUGACGCACGCCGCGCUUUGGACAUCUGCCGUCGAGCCGUCGAGAUCGCUGAACAAGCGGCCGAGCAGGCUGCUGUCGCAGACGACACAAAGGAUGAGACAGAAUCCUUGCCUCCCACACCCAGCAAAACGCCCGCCCGACGCAACAAGACCGUUGCAGCGGGAGCAGCCGGUGAUUCAGCCAUCACUAAGCCUUCCGCGAAGGGCCAACCAGGCCGCGUCACUAUCGCGACUAUCAAACAGGCCAUCCACGAAGCUACGUCAACCCCACUCCAGCAAUCCUUGCGCUGUCUUCCGCUAUCAGGGAAGCUCUUCCUCGCCGCCUUACUGGCCCGAGCCCACCGGACAGGUAUCUCCGAAUCCACGUUCGGCGAUGUCCUCGACGAAGCUCGCCGUAUCGCUGAUGCAGCUGUUGCGGUGGCCGGCGCCGCCGGCGCUGGCGUGAAAGAUUUCCUCCUGGGUGGAGGCCCUAGUGCUCGAGUGCGAAGCUUGGGACAUGCGGCUAUGUCGCUGAUGAACUCUGGUGUCUUGGCGCUGGAGCAGGGUACUGGCUCUAAGAGUGUGCUUGGGGGUACUACGAUCCCAACACGCGGUGACCGUAGCAGUAAAGUCCGGCUUCGGGUUGCGGCGGAGGAUGUUAGGUCUGCUUUUCGCGAGGAUGUUGAGGCCAAGGGCUUUGGUCUGGGCAUUGAGCAGUGA